AUUAUGGAGCAUUUAAAUUCAAAAGACAACAAUAUUCCUAUGUCCAAUAAAAUAUUAAAAGUAUCACUUGAAAGAUGUGAUCACCUAUCAAAAUUUCAUAAUCAACAAAUCAAAGAAGAAACUUUUGAAUUUAAAGAUUCAGAUAUCACUAUUGAAGAAGACCCUGUUCUCCAAAAAUUCAAACAGGAAAUCAAUAAUGUUGAUAUUCAGUCUAUUUCAAUAAUAGAACAACAAAAUAUUCAUACAAAUAAUGAGCAGGGAUUGAUUCUCUCAAAUUCUAAUUCUAACGAAAAUGAUGACACUGCUAUCUGCAGUGGUGUAAAAUAUGAAGUUGACUAUAUUGAUAAUGUCGUAUAUAGUAGCAUUAUUGAAAUUGAACCUGUAAGUUUACAGUUAAUGUCAGAUGAUAGGGAGUCUGAGGAGGAAAAAUUGUACAAUUGUGAUAUCUGUAAAUCAUUAUUUUCAACAAGCAGAGAUUUAAAAAAGCACAAGAAAUUCCAUAAAGAAAAUGACGAAACUAAAAAUCCUCAAACAUUUUCUGAAGAAUUACACGUAAAUAGCCCUAAUAAAACUUCUGAACAGAAAAUAACUUAUAACUGCGAAUACUGCAAUAAGGCUUUUAGUGUUAAAUCAAAUUUAACGGUACACAUAAGAUCACAUACUGGAUUAAAACCAUACACAUGUGAUCUGUGUCAAAGAGCUUUUGCUCAGAAACAAAAUUUGAUGUGUCAUAUGAGAACACAUACUGGGUAUAAACCUUAUACAUGUUGCAUUUGUAAAAUGACAUUUAGUCAUAAGUCAUUGUUAAACUACCAUGAAUGGAAACACACUGGUGUUAAACCAUUUAAAUGCGAAAUUUGUGUUAGAGAAUUUUCUCGAAAAUCAAGUUUAGUUUUUCAUCAAAAACAUAGCCAUACAGGUGAAAAACUUUUUAAAUGUCAUCUCUGUAAUGAAACAUUUUUUCGGGACACUUUUUUGAAAAAUCAUAUGCGAGUCCACAAUACUUUACAAUUAGAAGAAUGUCAUAUUUGUGAGAAAAAGUAUUCUCACAAAUCAAGUUUAAAAAGACAUUUGUUGAGCCAUACUGGUGAAAAGAUGUAUGAAUGUGCAAUGUGUAAAAAGUCCUUUUAUCGGAAAUUUAGUUUAGUUGUUCAUAUAAAAGUUCAUAUGACAGAAAGACCUUAUGAAUGUAAUCUUUGCAGAUCAACAUUUCCUACAGCAUUAGAACUAGACAGUCAUUCAAAAUCUCACACUGUUGAUAAACCAUUUCAAUGCCAGCUUUGUGAAUCUAGUUUUAUAAUAGAAUCACUUUUGAAUAUGCAUAUGAGAUCUCAUACUGGAGAUCGACCAUAUCAAUGCCCUCAUUGUUUAGUGACAUAUACACAAAUGAAAAGUUACUCUUACCAUUUAAAAACUCACAGAGAUCAUAAAUUGUAUAGAUGUGAUUUGUGUAAGGCAACACUUUUUCAAAAAAGUAAGUUAAUUGAUCAUAUGAGAUUACAUACUGGUACAAAACCUUUUAAAUGUUCUGUUUGUAAUAAGAGAUUUAUGCAAAAAGAUGUUUUACAAUCACAUAUGAGAACUCACAAUGUUGAAGAAAAAUAUAAAUGUGAUAUAUGUGAAAUUUAUUUUACUCAAAAAUCAAAUUUAAUUAAACAUAUUAAAACACAUCCUGCCUUCAAAUCAAAUUUUAAGUGUAGGUUUUGUAAAACAACAUUUUUACAAAAAUCUAAUUAUAUGUGUCAUAUGGAAAUUCACUCUAAAAAUGAUUUUCAUAAAUGUAGCGUUUGUGGUAUUUCUUUUCUACUGAAAACCGACAUGAAAAAGCACGAGAUAACACAUAAUAUAAUUGAAAAGUGUAAUAUUUGUGAUCAAUCCUUCCCUUCAAAAAUGGCACGUAUAAAUCACGAAAGAAGAAAUCAUACAAAUGUAGUAUAUCAAUGUUUCAUCUGCUGGAAAUUGUUUUAUCAAAAAAUACAAUUAUCACGUCAUAUUAAAUUGCACAUGAAGAACAUGUCAUCUAAAUGUAUACAAUGUAAAGAACCGUUGUUAAAGAAACCUAUUUCAGUUAAGGAAUUAAGAGCCAUAACUGGAAAUAAAAAAAUGUGUGCGAUGUGUGUUUCAUCAUCUUCUAAUUUUCUUAAGACACAAUUUGCUAGAGUACAUCAAUCACACAGUGUUGGACUGUUUUGAGGCAAUAUUCCCACAUUGUGAUUAAUGUAUGAAUAUUUCUUAUGAACAACAUAUUCUUUACAUCUAGUCUGCAACCAUAAUGUUCACUGUCAAUAAUACUCAAAUUUUUUUUUAAAUUGGGACAA